AUGCAAGCUAUCCAAAAUUAUUUACUCGCUCGACCAAUGACUAAGGCAGAAAGACUCGAAGUCGAAUUCAUUCAACAAUAUUCGCAGUAUUUGAAUGUCUACAAUAAUCACAAAAAUGCGACUCAAGAACUGGAAAAGCCUACUUCAAGACAAGGGUCUCAAGUUUAUAUCAGGGUUCGAAACUUGUAUUUAAGGGAACUGAUGAAGCAAAUAGGUGGAAGUGUUGAAGCAAACAAGAAGAUCAUGCGCAAGAUCUGGUGCUCACUACAAUCUCUCUUCCCGUUAACAACACGACAACUGGCUAUAUUUUUACCCGAUGUAAUGGAGCAAAAGCUAAGGGCUUCUCCGGGAAUCGAACCCGGGACCUCUCGCACCCUAAGCGAGAAUUAUACCACUAAACCAAGAAGCCAAACGUUGAAAAUUGGACUGAUUACUUCAUUAAAAAUCUCAUUUUAA